UUCUUCUUAUUUGUCUUCUUAAACCAUAAGAAACUUCUGCGUUUCCGGUCUCUUACCAUGGCUUCCGCCAGUAAGGGUUCCGAUCAAAAUCAAAUCAGGAAAUCUCUCAGAAAGUUGGAAAAGCAGGUUAGGGACUUGGAGAAAAUGGAAUCUUCGGAUCGGUUGAGUAAGGGGAAGCAUGACUUCAUAAAGCGCAAUAUCUACUUGAAGAAGAAAUUUAGAAAGAGAGUUAAAGAUCAUGGCAUAUUCUGUUCUUGCUCCCUGGACCCUGGUUCUUCAAAUCUCUGUGGCAGUGAUUGCAACUGUGGGAUUCUACUCUCAAGCUGUUCAUCUAGUUGCAGAUGCAGAGGUGAAUGCACCAACAAGCCGUUCCAACAAAGACAUAUCAAAAAGAUGAAGAUAGUUCAGACAGAGAAAUGUGGAUAUGGAAUUGAAGCAGAUGAAGAUAUCCCAUCAGGAGAUUUUAUCAUUGAAUAUGUUGGGGAAGUUAUCGACGAAAAGAUUUGUCAAGAAAGGCUUUGGAAGUUGAAGCAGGUCGAGACAAAUUUCUAUCUGUGUCAGAUUAACUGGAACAUGGUGAUUGAUGCUACUCAUAAGGGGAACAAAUCAAGAUACAUCAAUCACAGCUGCAAUCCUAAUACAGAGAUGCAGAAGUGGAUAAUUGAUGGAGAGACAAGAAUUGGCAUAUUUGCUAAUCGUUUCAUAAGCAAAGGAGAGCAGUUGACCUACGAUUACCAGUUUGUGCAGUUUGGUGCAGAUCAAGAUUGCUACUGUGGUGAAGUGGGUUGCAGAAAAAAGCUGGGUGCAAAACCUACCAAAACUAAGAAGACAACCUUGGAAGAAGCUGUGGAACCAGUGGCAUGUGAAGUGACCAGGAAAACUCCCAAGGUGAAAGCUCGAGGUAGACGCGUUGCCGGAAAAUCUUGGAUCAACAGUAGCAAAAGAAAACUAUGUUGCCGGGACUGCAUUGGUGUGGUAAUCUGGUUAGCACGUCCCAUGAACCAGAGGUGUUUUGGCAUCAUUACACAAUACGAUGAGUUUUCAAGAAAUCACUUGAUCAUGUAUGAGGAUGGUGUUACCGAGGUUAUCAACAUGUCCAGAGAAGUUUGGAAGAUCGUAAAUGUUUGAUAUUGUGCUCCAAGUCUGAUUCCAUUCCCAACAUUUGGAUUACACUUGAAUUGUGAAGUAGUUUUUUUU